GGAGGAGUCCCCUCCGCCGCGACCCCGCAGCGCCGCAAGCGCCGCGCCUCGGCCGCCGCCGCCGCCGGCUGGGCGCGCAUCAGCCUCGAGCCCUCCGAGGCCGCCCGCCGCGAGGCAGACCUGAAGGCCCCACCGACGUUACCUAGGAUGUAUAUCGAGUUGGAGCCGAGAGUGCUAGCGCCUUGUGAUGUUCCACUGCUCGAUUAUGCCGGGGAACCUGUGGGGUUGCUGCAGGAUUUUAAUGUCACUUGGAGAUUACAUGGCGGUCUCCUAGUGGACGAGCUGGAAUGCGGCGAAGAGGACACGGCGUCGCUCGCCCUCCGCGCCAUCCCGCUGUCGGAGCUGCAGGCCGCCAUCGCCGCCGCCGCGCCGCCCUCGCCGCCGCCGCCGCCCGCGUCGCCCGAGCCCGACCACCACCCGCCCUGCAGCACGCCCAUACCCACAGAAGAGCCAGCGGCACCUACGGAAGCCCCAACGGAGACAAUAGAGACAACAAUAGCGAAAACAGAACCGGCCACACCCGCCAAGCAACGUAAACGCAAGCAAGAAGAGCCCACAGUCCUGCAGACCGGUGCUGGCAAGCUCUUCCUCACACCAGAACUCCGAUUAUACCUGACAGAGGAGCGCGAGUUCUCACUAUCAGGCAAGAUUGUAUCUCGCGUCAUUGCCAUGCGAGCAGCCCGCAUUCUCGCCGGCCGGGCGCAGCUGAAGGAACAACCGGAGAUCACGGAAUUCCGUGGAUUCGACGAAGUGGACAAGUCCGACUUGAUGGACAUUGGAGGUUUCCUCGGCUUCACGGCGACAACGGAGUCAGAAGCGACAGACAUCUCCCUGUGCCUGUCUCGGCUGGCGUCCGCCGCCGAGUCCGAUGACGACGGGUUCUUCGAGCAGAGCACAUUCUCCGGGUCGGAGGGCGCGCGCCCCGAGCUCACGCCGCCGCCGCCGACGCCGCCGCUGCCUGCGCCGCCACCGCCUGUGGACUACUCCGCGCAACCCGAAUGGAUGUCCUGGCGGGCCGACGUCGUGGCCCGAGCCUCGGCCGGCGAGGCGCGAGGGCUCGACGUGCGCGCGCUCGGCGCCGCCGUACUUAACUCGCUACCUGAAGGAGAAACUGAAAAUGAUAGAAGAGAAAAGGGGGCGCCGGCGGCGUUUACUACGGUGCUGGACGCCGCGGCGAAGGAUGACGCUGAUGUGUCAAGGCUAUUCUUGGCUACGCUGUUCUUGGCGAACGCCGGCAACGUAGAGGUCGUGCAACCCCCGCCGUUAACCCUGAACUCGUUCUCGCUGCGCCUCGUGUCGCGCGACGAGCGCCUCUACAGCGCCGCCGCCGACUCCGACCCCGCCUUCCUCACGAGGUAGACGCCGACUAAAUUAGCGGGAACGCCGACGCCAACAAAAACAUCGGGAACGCCGACUUACCAGUGACAGUGAGGUGUGAACUGGAAAACGUUGCUGUAUGUUAGAACGGGAGAUAUACGGAGUAUAUGUUUUGCUAUCCCGUUCUAACAUAUAGAUUGACAAUUUUAAAUAUAGUGUGUAAGUGAGAAGUAUAAUAAUGUCUAAGACAAAAUCAGUAAAAUUUCCUAAUUAUUCAGACGUUUUUCAAACGCUAUACCUUUGUGGUAAUUGUAUAUACAGUAAUAAAUUGCGGUUACCGCGUGACAAAGUACCUACAUUUGUGAAGUGAGUGAUGAAGGUCUGAAGAGCUCACAGUAUUAAGACGGCACGGACGAUAAUUAUGUGCCGUUUCCAUAUCAACGCCCGAGCUCCCUAUUGGACGAUGCAAUUAUUUUGUGUGCGUUUUCUUUAUUUUAAUUCCGCUUACCUCGUUUUUGUAUUUUUAUUUAGAAUUAUGAUUUGUUUAUGAAUGAUUAUCGAUUUGUAAAUAUAUUUUAGAAUAUAUUGUAUAUACAGAGUAUAUUUGUACAUAUAGAGUUCUAUGAGAAGAUGAUAUUUUGGAAGUACAAUAGUUGUAAUCCGGGACGGGGUUCCAAUACGGCUCGGCGCCGCGCGGCGGCUCUCGAUGUCGAUCUCUUUAAAUACUGUCUCUGAAUUUCAAUUUGGAAAUCGCACAUUCGAUUCGUGGCUAAGCAGAAAGUUAAAAUCUUUUGAUUUAUAUGGUUAUUUUUAAGUACAAUGAAUAAUUAUAGUUUACAUGACUUGUAUGAUUUUGGGAGAAAGUGAGUUUUUUAGCCCCCAAGGGAUGGUAUAUUAUGGAUUUGGCAAGCAUGUGCUAACUUCUUAUUAAAUUAGUUUUUGUUUAAAAUAGUUUACUGUAACUUUAUUGAGAGCAUUAUUAGUUUUGAUUAUAUUUUUCUUUUAUAAAGAUCUCAGCUCUUGACAGGUUAUUUUAAUUAAAGAUUUUUAUUUAUAUAACGUGGGCCAUUGUUAUAGUCGGCGUUUUGGACAAAAUCCGCUUAGAAAUGUGGGCGUUAAAGAAUCAAAAGAUUAACUAUAAAAGAGGCUAAAGAUAUUUCUGAAUAGUAACCGAUCGAAUGUGCUUCAAAAACCGUCCUAUGUAAAUAGAGUCUAUGUUAAUAUAAAGCUAUACAUGUCACACAGUAAAUGUUAGGUAAGAAUAAGUGUUAGUGUAGCGAGACCGCCGCGCCGCCUCAAAAUUCUGUGCCUUACGCCACCCAUGGUCGCGCCGUGGCACUGCAUAGUAUUUGAAAAGCAUCUGGUUAUGUAGUGUAGUGUUCACGUGAACUUAUGUUUGUCUUAAGUCUUAACUUGGAGAUUUGCCUUUUUAUUGUGCACACCACGACAUAAAAUUUAUCCCAUUGUACGAAGGUUGACAUCGGUCUGUACGUGUCGUUAGAUGUCUUUUGGCUGCCAAGGGUAGUUUCAUUGUAAAUGUGUUUCAAUACUUUCAAUUCUCUAUCAUAAUAAUUGUUUAUUUUUAAACGAAUAGUCUUUUAUUUAUGAUAGUGUGAGUUUGUUCAAUCAAUUGAACGUUACUUUAAAAAUUGUCACUUCAUUUGAAAAUUGUAUUCAAUAUUUUACUUCAGACAACAAAGAUAUUAGGUUUUAUAUUAAUUAAUAUUAUUUAUAAAUGUUAUAUUACAUUAUCAGAUGCUUUCAACCAAAAAAAUUCAUGCAAUGUAUUUGAUUCUACUUGACAAUUUAAAAUGAUCUUGAAAAACCAAAGCCAAAUGACAUAUAUUUUAUUAAGUAAAAGAAGAUUAUAUUUUUAUCGCAACAAAAAAGAUUUUCAUGCAUAGUUUUAUGUAGAUUCAAUUCUCAGUACCAUCAUUCAAUCAUGUAGUGUUUGUAUAAAUAGAUAUAAGCAAUGCAAAUACUUAUACUCCUGCCGAAUCGGCCUUUCCCGACCAAAUAUCGCUCGUUCGUAUAAACAUGCGUACGGAUGCGUUAAGCGAUGACUACGCGUAAGCGUUUUCAUACUGACGAGCGAUUUUCGGUCGGCUAUACGGUCGGUCAAUAGGUUUGGGGAAACCCUUAGAUGUAAGCAUAUUUUUUAAACCCGUUAUUAAGAAAUAUCGGGAAGCAUUUUACCUCAGUCUUAAAAAGGCUUAAUUCAACGCGAUAAUAAUAUUUAAGUAGAUUAUUUUGUGUUCCUGAUAAAUGGACAUGGCCAAUACGGCCAUCUUUAUGUCACCGGAGGCAAGCUAGCAAUUAUUUCGCCUGAUAUGGUAAGCGAUUACCGAUGCCUGCAACAUCCGAGGAGUUGAAAGUGCGUUGCCGUUUUCCGUUCUUUUAUAUGUUGUUUAUUUAUUUUUUAUAUAAUUAGGAAAAUAUUUUUUAUGCGGUCAAAGUAAAACUAAUAGAAUGGUAAUAAUAAAAAGCUUUAAUUUGGACAACGCUAUCAUACAAUGAUGUAACUGAGAAUUGAUUAAACCUGGGCGUUGUAAUUUGAAUCUUAAUUCGUGUGUAUUGGCUAACUUUUCUAAUAGCGAUCGUCGGCGAGAGCCCGCCUGAGGGUGAAGGUAGCUAAUCAUGUGACGUGUGUGUGUGUGCGUGCGUGCGUGCGUGCGUGUGUGUGUGAAGGAUGUGUAUGUGUGCGGCGGGCGCUCGCGGCGCGCGGUCGGGCCGUAUAGUUGUUACUUGUUAAUUAAUAUAAACUUAAGUACACUA